AUGCCCACAAUCCCACCACGUAAUGUUGGUCGUAGUAAAAAAUAUUCCGGUGAUGCUUUGUUAUCUUUGCUGGGUACCCAACCGCCUGAUUCACCGCCCUCCCGCAAUGAUAUAGCCGAGGUACAAUUGAAAUGGUCACCGGGUAAGCCAGGAUGUCCAGCACCACCAUGCAAAUAUACAUUUUGGUGGUCAUCCCAACCGAAAACGGUGGCUCGUAAAAGUGCCAAGAGCCAACAGCAAAACAUCAACGCAAGCAAUUCUAUUCCCUACACGAACAACAACGAUAGCCAGGAUAGUGACAAUAUACCCCAAUCACCUCCAGAGGAAUCGAAGUCAAAGGAACAAGACGAACAACCAAGCGGUGGAGCUACUAGACCAAAAUUUUCCUUUGCCUCCGACUAUACACCCUCUCGUCAUUUUACUUCUUCAUUUGCCGGACCUUCAAUAUCGGCCUAUAACUUCAAUACCAGUUUACCCACAUCGCUAUCGGCUUUUACCGUCUUAAAUAACGAUUAUACUUCGUCUUCUUCGUAUUUAGCUAAACCGAACGCCAUAGUGCACCCCAUACGACGUUCCGAGGAAACGGCAUUGCCGAAAAAUGCAAAUCUGCUUGGCCGAGAUCUUAGGAUCACUGGCUAUCCAGCCAAUGUUGGAUUAUCGAUAACGCAGCCGUCGUUUAAUCGGGAUGUACAAAAAUUUGCCGAAGAACUUAAACGCAAGCUAAGCUCUUUGGAUUCGAGUAUUGCUGGGAAUCGUGAUCACAGUUUGUCGAAAUUUAAAAAUUCUUCACAAAAUGGCAGCAAUCAAGAAACACUUAACCAACGACCGCUUUUCAUUACCACUGUGCCGCGUGGCAUUUUCCUACCACCGCCAAAAGAAGUUGCACUCGUUUCGCCGCCACGUAAACGGCAGUUGUAUGCGUACUCCUCACAUCCGGUCGUCUAUAAGGGCAACGAGCCAACAACGUCGUCUUUGUACUACCAACACCAACAUCAUUUCAGUCGGCUGCCCUAUCCUGACCAAACGCAAAUUAUCCACAAAAUAAUAACCAGAAGCCAAAAUAGCCAAGAGAAACCACAACAACAACACCAACCACACUACGCCAACCGAAACUCUUCGAUAACAAUGGCCAAGGACAAAUAUUCGAAUACAUAUACAACAGGCUCCACAACUAGUCGUGGGGGUGCAGGUGGCGGUAGCGGGGUCGGUGUUGUUGGAGUUUCGAUCGCCAAUGCUGAUAAAGAUUCGUCGAAAAGCGCUUUGCGUAUAAACGGUGUCAGGGGGCCACCGCAACAACAACCACCGCCACAUGCAUCAUCUUCAACAGCUGGCAAUGCUACCUCACCUCCCUUGGGUGGUAUAAGUAUUACCAAACAACAAUUCCAACAACAACUUGAACAAAGUCGUUCAAAAAGAGAAGUCCCACCAGCCGAGCCAUACAAGAAUAUAAUGUACGACCGUAGAGUUGUACGAGGCAGUAAUUAUGGUACCACAAAUGCCCUCUUGAACGACUAUGAUCCCUUUGACAAGGCAGCAGAAUUACGCCGGCGUCAGGCAUUGCGUAAAAAGAAUGUUAGCCAACGAAAUCAACGUAAUGUUUUGGGAACACCACCACCGGUAACGGGUCGACGUCAUGAAGAUGUACAAACGGAUAAAUAUUUGGAGGAGCUGGUGGCAAGACCACCGGAGCUAUCGGUCGAAACACAAACAGAUCUAUUUCUUGAGAAGCCACCAACGCCACCGUAUGUACCGGCCAAAGUUGGAGUCGAUGUGGCCACCGAGAUAUGCGAUGGUGAACUCUUCCAAUUUGAUGAAGAAGCCCAGCCUAUUAUUGACGCCUUGGUCGAUAGUACAAUGGAAUUGAGUAUAUUGGAGGUGGCCCACGAAAGAGAAAUCCAACACAUACGAAAUAAACAAGCUGAACUACUUGCUCAACGUGAUGCCGAAUUGGCAGAAUUACGUCGCCUUGAGGCCGAAGAGUUACGUUUACAAUCCGAAAAGGAAAGACGCCUGCGACAAGAUGAAAUUGCAAAAUCCUUGGACAGCGAUAUGCAAAAAGAUGUUACCGCUGCCAAACUUCUGCAAGGCCACAUUGCCAGUAUUCUACCCGAAAUUCUGGACAAUCUUGAACCUGCCACCGAUGCUGCCAAGCGUGAAAAACUCAUGGAAACCCUUUGUCCUUGGCUAUCGGCAGAAGUGGCCGAAGAAGUUGGUCACAUUGUGGACUCACGUGAAAUACUUACCGUUAUUAUACAAGAAAUUCUUAAACAGCGUGCUGAAAUAUAUGCCGAUUAUAAAGAACACGAACCAACAGCUCCCAAACAUGAACCCAGUGCCGAAGAAGAGGAACAUCAUAAUAAAACAAUGGGUGAUAUGGAAUCAUGUGAAACAGAUUCUCAUCGGGAGACAAGUCAAGAAGUUUGA